AUGCCGGGACGCGGCGGGGAGGAGGGCGCGGCGGUGAGGCUGGCCAGGAUCCGCAAGCGCCGCGCGCUGUCCUCCUCCGACGCCUCCAACGCGGCGAGGAGGCUGAGGUCCAGGAGGCCUGCGGUGCUGCUGAUACGCAGGGGGAGGGAAGGAGGCGCGGCCAUGUCGGACUCGUCGUCCCGGAGCCGGCAUUGCCGUCGCCAGGUCGCCGACGGCGCGUCGGCGAGGAGGCUCGUCACCGCCUUCUGGCAGUCGGACAAGGACAGGCUGUUCGGGGAGGAGCAAGAUGUCCUGCUCAUGGACAAGGACGCGUCGGCGCGCCGGAGCCUGGUUCCUCGGAGCAACGCCUCCACGGAGGUUUCCAAGAGCUCAAGAAGCAGGACCAAAAUCAAAAUGUUUGAGGAGGCCGGUGGCCGGAAGGGGAGCUGCCACAACGGCCAUGGACAGUGGCCUUCAGCAGAUGUCAACUGCAGCGCAAUGGAGAUUGGCACACACCCUCAAGACGAUGUUUCAAGAUGCCCUGAAGAGAAAGCAACCCAGCUGAAGGAUCUGUAUAACAGCUUGAUUGCGUCCAAGGAGCUCGCCAAGGUGCUAGCACACAUCUGGGGAGAGCUGAACCCAUCAACCGUCUCACUCAUCUCUGCGCUGCGCUCCGAGCUCGAUCUUGCGCGCGCCCACGUGCGAAGGCUCAUCAAGGAGCAGAAAGCAGAGCGCAGCGAGAUCGACGACCUGAAGAAGGAGCUCGUGGAGGAAAUGGAGGCCUGGAAGGCCAAGCAGAAGGAGAAGGCCGCGACCGCCCUGCAGUACGUCGUCACGGAGCUGGACAGCGAGAAGAAGUCGAGGAGAAGAGCAGAGAGGGCGAACGAGAAGCUCGGCGCCGCAUUGGCCGACGCCGAGUCCUCGCUGCGCGCGGCCAACAAAGAGCUGGAGAGGGAAAGGAAGUGCAGAGGGAGGGUGGAGAUGAUGUGCGGCGAGCUCGUGAGAGGCAUCGGCGAGGACAGGGCCGAGGUGGAGGCGCUCAAGAGAGAAGCUGAGGACUCGCAACGGGAGCUGGAGAAAGAGCGGGAGAUGCUCCAUCUCGCGGACGAGUGGCGCGAGCAACGGGUUCAGAUGAAGCUGCUGGAGGCGCGGCUUCAGUUCGAGGAGAAGAACUCGGCGCUCACCCAGCUGCACGACGAGCUGCAGGCGUGUCUGGACGCCAAGAAGGGCCAGGAGCCUGAGAAAACCGAUCAGAUGCCAUCAGCCCGUGCGUCUGAAAAUGGAGGCGCUGCCUCUGGCCCUGUUCCAGCUCCAGACAAUGCUGGUGACGGAGGAUUCAGUGAGGAUUGCGACUCGGAGGGGAGUGACAUGCACUCGAUCGAGCUGAAUGUCGACGGCAACGGCAAUUUGCAUACCUGGAGCUACACUCCUUCGUCGAGGCGCGACCGGAGAGUGGGUGCGACGACGCAUGGAUCGUUUCCGGAGGACAGACGGACGGAUGAUGCCGGCUCGCGCGGCGGCGACCGGAAAACGUCCCGGGAGACAGAUGACGCGCUGGAGGGGGACUGGGCAGAAGGGUGCAGCCACGGAGUGCUCAACUUUGAUCAUGACGAGGAGAGGUACCAGGCCAUCAAGGAUCUCAGGGAGCAGAUGCUGGCUGGAUCUGGGCUCCUCAUGUCACAGGGCAGAGAAACUGCUCAAAGUCAGUACUGUAUCUUCUGA